CAUUUAUGACCCAUCUGGCAUCUCUCUCAUUUCACAAACUCUUUCAAAAAAUUGUUAGAAAAUAGAAUAGUGAACAAAACAACCCUCUUCCUCUUCCUCAAUCUCUCUCUUUCAUGAAAGAGAGAAUACAUUUUUUCUUUCACUCUUCCUAAUGGCUCUCCUCACUAAUCCCUCUGAACAAUCUCACUCCAAAAAAACACUCCCAAAACAAAAACACAAAACCCAACAACAACAACAACUGAAUCAAAAGCAAAAACAAAAACAGAAACAAAAACAAAAACAAAAGCCACCAUCUUCAUGGGACCAAAUCAAAAACAUCCUAACUUGCAAACAGAUCGAAGGCUCCACCGUUCACGAUCCUUCAAAACCAAACAACAGUUACUCAAAACUAGGUUCAUCUUGUAGCUCAAUUUGUAGCUUCAGAGAUGCCGUUCAUGGAAACACUCGAGUUGUUCAUAGGUCUGAUAAUUCAUCCCCAGAAAGUAGCAUCUUAGGUCAAGAAACAAGUUUACUCAAAAGAAAACCUGUCACUACCACUGCUUCAUCGUCAUCAUCAUCAAGAACUCGCUCUUCUGCAUCAUGUUCUGGGAAAUCCAACGGUGGAAAUAACUACACGUCAUCAUCUUCCAGAGGAAUGCAGUUUAGAAAACUCUCUGGAUGUUAUGAAUGUCACAUGAUCGUUGACCCUAGCAGGUUAGCAAUUCCUAGGAGCACAGUGUGUGCUUGUGAUCAAUGUGGAGAGGUUUUCCCUAAGAUUGAAAGCUUGCAGCUUCAUCAAGCUGUUCGUCAUGCUGUUUCAGAGCUGGGUCCGGAAGAUUCGGGUCGGAACAUAGUGGAAAUAAUAUUCAAGUCAAGCUGGUUGAAGAGGGAGAGUCCAAUGUGUAAGAUCGAACGGAUAUUAAAAGUUCACAACACUCAACGAACAAUCCAACGGUUCGAGGAAUGCAGAGACGCAGUAAAAUCCCGUGCAACCGCAACUACAAAGAAAAACCCCCGGUGUGCCGCAGACGGCAACGAACUCCUUCGUUUCCACAGCACAACCUUAUCCUGCGCACUAGGCGCACGUGGAUCCUCCGCCUUGUGCGCCACCGUACCUGGUUGCGGAGUGUGCACGAUCAUCCGGCACGGUUUUCAGAACAAAGGAGGUGUGAAAACCAACGCUAGCAGUGGUAAGGCCCACGACAAUUCCAUUGAAAGGAUUGGAGAAGAUUCUAGAAGAGCGAUGCUGGUGUGCCGUGUGAUUGCCGGAAAAGUGAAGCGCGUGGCGGAGGAAGGUGCGCCACCGAUAACGGAGGAGGAAACGAUGUCGUUUGAUUCUGUUGCGGGGGACGCGGGAAUCUACUCGAAUCUCGAGGAUUUAACAGUUUUCAAUCCAAGGGCUAUCCUUCCUUGUUUCGUGGUAAUCUACAAGGUGCUUCCAUGCUGAAUAAUGAAUUUUGAUUAUGAUUUAAUCUUGGAUUUGGAGUAACUUAAUUAAGUUUAAUUAAGUUAAUAAAAUAGUAGUACCUAGUAGUAAAUUUGCAGUACCAUUUUCGUCCCCAAUCUUGAUACGCGAUGGAAUAUCUUACAUUAAUUAAAUAUUUGAUGGAAGUCUUCAUCUAUAAAUAAUGUAGGGAAAUGAUUUUUAUUGAUAUUUUUUGGAUUGAGAAUUAAUGUGAGGACGUGUCGUUAAGAUUGAGGACGAAAAUGGAAUAUAUUAUGUCCUUAUCAUUAAUUUGUUAUUAUUAGGAAAAUGUUUCUCCUAAUUCUAGAUGGGUCAACUAUAAAUACAUGUUGAUGGGUUGCUACA